AUGGCUGCGAGUGCGUAUACAAUGACAUCUGAAGAGCUCAUGGAUGCUUUAAUAUAUAGGAUACAGAGAAAUGCGGUCAAGUGGGAUACUAGAAAACUUGAUAAGAUGGAGAAACGUUUGCAGACGGCUGUUGCGGUUAUCAGAGGCGCUCGUAAUUCUCUCCAGCCCAUCAAUCGUAUCCCACCAGAGCUCCUCUCUGUCAUCUUCAGUAUGGCGCAGCAUCAUCUUCCUGGCUUUCUUCCUCUCUUUGGUGCGCGGAGUGGCUACACCCAAGCUACAAACUGGCUGUGCGUGCUCCGGGUCUGUCGCCAUUGGCGUGGGGUAGCUACAACUUUCCAUUCGUUUUGGACAACCAUCGACAACGAACGCAGCCCUCACACAUUCUUAAAACGUUCCGGAGACUCGCUCAUCACAGUUGUCGCUGGUUUGACAAAGCCAUACUUUGACCAGCAGUAUUUAACAGCUAUCAUGGAGUCGUUACCUCGUAUCCGUGAGCUUCACGCCGACUUUUGA